GGCAAUUAAAUCAGACUCGUGAACUACAAAAAUACAUUUAUUUAAGAGCAAAGCAUUAGCUAAAUGAAUCAGGUUCUUAACAAAAUGACUAAAUGAAAGGUUGAACUCAGAUAGCCCACUCCAUCUCUCUUCUACAAUAACCAACAAUAGUUUAGUCAUAAAACUAGAAAAAUCAUAGCACAGUCUACAUAGUAACACCACGGAAUAUCAGUUAAGUUCCCAUUUCUAAAUACCAGAUCAGUUCCCCUUUGUCUUAGAACCGCCUAUAAGAAGACAGGAGAGCACAUCGAUAAGCAAAAGAUUAAAAAGCAAAAUAAAAAGGUCAAAUAAAAUAGAACAUCUUUGAAAUAAAUAUUCAAAAAAUAGUCAAGCCACACUUUUGGCCAAAGAAUAAGUAUGCUGACCCAUUCAACACAGAUUUCACACACUUCACCAAAAAUACUAACAAAGAAGCCAUCUUGGCUCUAUGCCGACUCUGUAGCGAUCUCUCAUCUUGGCUAACUUACUUUCUCAUUAUGUAGGAAAGAAGCUCGCACGCACGCACGAACUAUCACACAUUGUUCACGCCCAAGAAACAGCCUCAAACCAGAUUCAGGAAGCAUAUCUCCAUCCGCCCGUGCAUAGAAACAGGACGUGGUCUGAUCUGCUUAGGCAGCGACUUAGACAUCGCGCCACCCGAGGAAGAUGCUAACACCGAAAAAAGGGAAUUUGCUGAUGACGCUGUUCGUGGGUCUCCUUCAGCUGGUGUCAUCCUUCGUUGAGGGGAAGACGCUUGAUGGUGAUCACGGGUUGUCGAGGUUCCGGGACCUUCUGCGGAAUGAUACCGAUCAGUUCUGCAAAUACAUCACGUGUCAGGAGAACGAAUAUCCUGGCCAGUGUCCAGAGGGAGCUUACGUAGAAGGAGUGGCGCAGUUUGGCUGCUGUGGCGCAUGCGUCCUUUUCAGGCAGUAUGGAGAGGACUGCACAGGAAGCAUAGACCCGAAGUACGGAACGGGUUACCAUGGCAACGAAGCAGAAUCUACUCGAGCACAGUUUACGGGGUCUGGGCAGAUAUCCGACUCCCUCCCACCCAACCAGAAUGUCCUCUCUUCCUCCUGGUGCGACUUCGGUCUUCAGUGCAGAAUGGGGAUCGCUCUUAAGACCGUCUGCUUCCCAGGAGGCGACGACGACAAAGGCUGCAGGUACAUCCAGAAGCAGUACCAGGACUUCCUAGCUGAUCCGGAGCCCGAUCCUGAAGGGAAUCCGCAAAGUGAGAAGUUCAUUCCUUACAGAGACGACUACAGAUGGCUUCCCACCUGCAGCGAAGAUGGGUACUUCGCCGAGAAGCAGUGCAAGGGACCUUCUAACGAGGGCAGGUGCGUUUGCGUUGAUCCAGAGGGGAAUCGGAUCUUCGGAUCAGCCUUUGACUUCCAAAAGGACCUUUACGAGACCAUGAACUGCAAAUGCUCCAGGAAGGUCUGGGAGAGGUACCAGGCCGGAGAGUCUACUGUGACACUUCACUGUGCCGAGAAUGGUAACUAUGAACCCAUACAGUGUGAGAAUGACUGGUGUUAUUGCAUAGACCCAGAGACCGCCAAAACUUACGGGCCGAAUCUACCUGAGUCUGCCAUGAACCUCUUGCCUUGCUAUGAACGGAAACUGCUGGGUAAUCAGUACCUGAGGCGCUGUGAGAGUGAGGUUCACGCCCACGCCGUCCUCUCCGAUCUGCUGAAGGCCAAGGGAGUGCAGCCGCCCUCCACCAGCCUCUCCUGCGAUCCUGAUGGAUCCUACUCUCCUAUACAGUAUGAUGGCCCCGAUGCCAAGUGUUACGACAGAUACAACCAGUGGCUCUGGUCUCCUGCUGGUGAUGGCUGUCAGUGUAGGAGAGACAACCUGAUGUUCAAGGACCAAGGAAUUCAGGUAAACGUGAACUGCGCAGUUAAUUCUGGAAUGUACGAACAAAUACAGACGAGAGGAAACACCGUUUAUUGCGUCGACCAAGAUGGCGUAAGAACUGGACCACUGGUGUAUAAACAAUACGAGGCUUACCUUUCGUGCAAGGAGGCGCUGACCUGCCAAGCUGGGACGAACAGGAAUUGCAGGUUGGCGUGCGAGCACUGCACCCGGGAGUUCUACGCCAAGCACGAUUCUUAGAUUUU